AUGAGCAGGCCGCCGAAGCUUGACUUCCUCGCGUCGCCGAGGGGCGGCGACGGGAGCGCUCAGGCGACGGGCGCGCGCGUGUUCGGCCCCAGCCGGACCAUCACGGUGUCGCGGACGUCCGACACCGAGGACGUGCCGCGGGGCCGCGUGGCCGACCUGCAGCCGAAGAAGUCGCCCCCGCCGGAGGUCGUCUACCAGGAAAUCUCGCGGAACGUCGAGUCGGGGCUGACGUGCGUGCGGAGGCUGCAGGAGCAGGUGUUUGGGCUCGAUGAUUUUAAAGACAGCCUGGUCGAGCACCUCCAGCACUUCCCAGUCGAGCUCCUGUCGUCCCUGACGAUCCGCGCGAGCCGCAUGCUGCGCCUGAGCGCGGACCUCGAGGACCUCAUCGGGCUCCUCGGCUGCAUCUUCGACAUGUUCUCUCCGCACAAGACGAUGAAGCGUCUCUGGAUGCUCGAGGACGAGCUCUCGAAGGCGAAGGAGACGAACAAGCAGCUGCAGCGCCGCGUCGCGAUCCGCGACGGGUACAACAGGACGAUGGACAAGCGUGCUGCGGCUGUGCGGUGGCGCUUCAUGUCGCGGCUCAUCCUCGACCACGACGAGCGCACGCGCAUCCGCAGGCGGUCCGCGUACCUCGAGGCCCGCAUCAGCACCCUCGAGCAGGCGCUGAAGCGGUCCCUCGCCGGCCGCACCUCGGAGUGGCUGCGACGCAAGGCGCAUCGCAUCGGCGCGGGGCCCCCGGGCUGGGGCACGGCGUCCGCGGGCGCGGCGGCGGGCGAGGUCUCGCCCAAGGCCAGCGCCUCGCGGGCCGCGGCCCGCCCGCAGACCGCGGGCGUGAGCCGGGGCGCCGCGAAAGCGCAAGCGAAAAAGCGACCGUCCUCCGCCGCCGCCCUGGACCGCGGCGGCGCGAAGAAGAAGGCCGUGGAGCCGGACCAGGGUAUCCACGCCAUCAAGGCGGCCGAGCAGCGCGCGCAGACGGCCCUCAAGAACUUCAUCCGCGACGGAUCGUUCAUGAAUGCUUUCCAAUCCAAGUUCACGCGGUCCUACGACGCGACGUCGCACUUGAUCGGCCCGGACGGCGAGCUCCUGCUGCCCAACGCCAUGGACCACCUCAUCGCGUCGCUCGGCGAGGAGCCGGGCGCCGGGAUGCCCGAGGGCGAGCCGUUGAUGCCGCAGGACAGCGCGGGGUGGGCGGCCGAGGAUGACGCAGUCGGGGAGCUGCCGGAGGGGGCGCGGCGCGCUUCGGCGGGCAGCCAGCGGUCCUCGGAGGCGGGGGAGUCGGUCGCGCCGGACGCGGAGAACGAGGAGGAGACGAAUGCGAUCCUGGAAGGUUUGCUGGAGGGGGGGGGUCUGUUCCACGGACUCCCCGGGCUGCAGGGCAUGCCGGAGGUCAUCGAGGAGGAGGACGAGGAGGGCAGCGACUCCGGCGGCACGAUGUCCACCGCCGACGAGGAGACCCCGGCGCCUGCGCCGGAGCCGCUAGCGCCAGCGCCGACGGCAGCCGGGGGGGACAGCGCGGAGCCGGGCGACGAGCGGACGCUCGCGGAGCAGGUCGCGGACAAGCUCGGCGACGCGUACGACACGGCCCGCCCGUGGCGCACGCAGCAGGUGAAGGUCGAGCAGCGGGCGGCGGAUCGCGCCGCCGCCGAGCACUACGCACGGAUGCCCAAGCCGGGCGAGGACAAGACGCUGCUGAGCGCGAUGCGCGGCGUGCGCGAGCGGCGCGAGGCGGAGGGCGUGCGCGAGGAGCCGGACGAGUACCGCCAGCUUGCGGGCGCGGGCGCGGGGCCGCGCAUCGGCGGUUCUGAGGGGGCGUCGGCGCGCCAGGGGAGCCCGGGGCCGCGCCCGCCGUCGGCGCCGCGGGUGUCAGGGCCGGGGGCUGCUCCGGCGGAGGGCGCGCAGGCGGGCUCGCCGGCGGCGCGCGGGGCAGCGGAGAUCGAGGCGCAAUUGCGGACAGCGGGGUCGGCGGCGGAGUUUUUGGCGCCGGACGCGGGGGUGGCCGGCGUGGACAUGGCUGCGAUCCGUUCGCACACGACCGAGGUCGCGGAGCGGUUGGUGGGGCUGGCGGCGAGCGGGGGGCUGGGCACGGCGGCGACGGGCGGCGGCGACCCCGGCGCCAACCGCGCGGCGGCAGCGCGUAGCGCCGCGAAGAUCGUGGGCCGCAAGGAGAUGGUGAAGCGCAUGCUGGCCGGGACGGGCGAGAACCGCCGUGCCGUGAUGCAGGCGGAGGCGGAGGAAACGCUGAAACGGCACGUGGAGACCCUGCGGGAGCACUGGCGCGGGUCACGGCCAGCGUCGGCGCCGUACGUGCCGCAGCUGUACGCCACGGCGCAGGAGGUGGUGCCCGCGGAGUUCGCCGGCACGGGCGGGAAGGACGCGACGACGCACGCGACGGAGAAGGUCCGGCAGCACAAGCUGGCCAAGCGCAUCAUCCGCAGGCAGCGUGUGCCGCAGCACGGCCCGCCGCUGCGGCGGUCGCAGGUGGGUCCGGAGUACGGCGGACGGCGCGGGUCGCAGGUGGAGUCGCACCAGGGCGCCGGUUCGCCGCGGGACAGCGGCAGCUCGAGCGGGGGGGAGUCGGCGCACGAGACGCGCAAGGAGGGGGAGGAGUUUUUGGCGCGGAACCGGCAGGCGAUCGAGGUGCUGCAGGGGUUCUACACGGAGCACACGCGCGCGAUGCGGGACCUGCAGGAGGAGGCGGAGGCGGAGGCGGCGAAGGUCCGGCGGAUGACGUGGAUCAGCGGGGGGAGUCAGCGCAACAGUCUGACCGAGGCGGGCGACGGCGACGCGCCGACGGAGCUGCCGAAGGACCCGCCGGUGCCGAGGAAGGACCCGGCGGUCGUGACGUACGCGAGCGAGGACGCGCUGCGCGACGUGCGGCUGCGGGCGAUCCAGCAGGGACACCCCCCCCGGGGGGGUCCGUACUCGGUGCCGCACGAGAACGUGGACCCGCACCGCGGCCUGUACGUGGGCCCGCAGACGUCCGCGGAGGUGUGGCGGCAGGCGGCGCUGCGCGUCCUGCGGCUGGCGCAGGCCAAGUUCGACGCCGAGGUGGAGCCGGAGAUGGAGCACGCGCUCGCAGCGGGGCUCGUGCCGCGGCGCCCCGAGCGCCCGGGCGCGCAGUGGCUGGCCGUGAUCGCUGCGGCGCUCGAGGAGCACCACGCGAUCUCGAACAAGCGCCGCGCGCAGGGCCCCGAGCGCGCAGGCCUCGCUACGCAGUCCGCGCUCCCGAAGACGCUGGAUUCGGUCGGACUCGACCCGGACAGUCUGACGGCGCUGGGCGCCCACGACCUGCGCGCGAUGGUGGACCGCGAGGCGGUGUGGGCCGGACGCGCGGAGCGGGCAGAGCGGGCGAGCCAGGUCGAGAGCGCGGCGGGCGGCGCGGGCGCGGACGGCGACGGCGCGGAGGCGGCGAGCGCGAGUUCGGGCGACGGCAUGGCGAACAUCGCGGCGGCGGCGGGCGGGCUCGCGGGGCCGGAGCGGCGGAAGAUCAACGCGAUGGGCGGCGAGGGCGGCGUGAACGUCGCGCUCGGGCAGCCCCUGGCGACGCAGGCAUGGCAGGAUCUGCGCCGCUUCGCCGACCCGAAUCUGGCACAGCGCGUCGUGGAGGCGGAGGCGGCCGCGGGGGCGUUCGCGUCCGGCGCGGUGCCCGGCUGGGUCAAGAGCCUCGCGAAGGCGGCCGAGCAGGAGCGUGAGGGCCCGAGGCGGGCCCCCCAGGACUUUGACCUGUCGAAACUGUUGCCGAAAGAGACUCCCGCCGAGGACCCCGGUCCCCGGCGCCCGGCGCGGAACGCCGUGGCGGGCGACGUGUUCCUCGCGGACCGCGGCGUGGGCACGUCGAUGGAGGAGCGUUCGGCACGCGACCACGCCCUGGGGAUGCCCGACACCGGGUUCUACUCCCGAAACGCCGUCAUCGAGCUCAAGAUGCAGCACCAGCAGCAGCUGCUGUCGAUGGAGGGCGCGUACGAGGACCGCAUGUCGAUGAUGCAGGAGGAGCACCGCCUCGCGAGCCUCCGUCCGCCGCCAAAGGGCGAAUGGGUGCCUGCGGGGCCGGGGCAGGUCUCGCAUCACCGCCACGCGGCGCUGAAGAAGAAGAAGGAGACGGAGGCUGCGCGCGUCCGCGACGAGCCGGCGUUGUCGAGCGCCAACCCUGCCGUCGAGCAUCUGUCCUCCAUGAUUCACCUCACAGCGAAAGCGCUCUCCGCGGCGGACAAGGCCGACAAGACGCCGGACGAGACGGCGCGGAUCGUCGCGCAGGCGGUCACCGUCGGGCUCGACCGCCCGCGCUCGGCCGCGGGUGGCGCAGCACCUCGCGGGGGGGGUGUUUCGAGCGGGUCCCCCGGGUCCUCGCGCCCGCACACGGCGCGGCGGACGCGGCCCGCGACGCCCAGGGACGAAGUCGUCGUCCAGGCGCCGGACUCGGACGCGUGGCUCACGUCCCCGGUGAUGCGCACGGCAGAUCUGAUGCAGCAACAAAGCUUACUGGGGCCGCCUGCGUCCGGAGCGGCCCCGGAGCCGCCGGCGCUGUACACGACGCGGCAGUCCGAGAGCGAUCGUGCGGGGCCGUCGCUCGUCGCGAUCCGCGAGGAAGCGUCGCAGCUGAGCGCGGGCGGCGGCGGGCAGGUGCCUCGCUCUCGCGCGGGGCACGGCCGAGCGGCGCAGGCACGCGGGGGCGCGGCGUCGCCGACGCCGCCGACGGCGUCCGAGCACGUCCGAGCGCAGAGCGCGCGCGCGGCGUCGUCGAUGCGGGCCAGCCUCAGCAGGGGGAGUCUCCUUGCCGGUCUGUCCAGCACACAGCGACCCCCCUCGCAAGCGUCCCUGCGGCCCGCGUCGGGCGUCGGCCGGCCGCAGUCGCGGGAGUCUGGCCCAACGCGGCCCGUCAGCGCCGCGGUCCCGACGCGCCCCGCGCUGCUCCCCGGCGGCAAGGGCGGCAGUCCUUCGCGACCGAUGUCGUCGCGGCCGGCCGCGGCGCCCGGCGCAGCGGGCGGGCUCUCGCGGCGGCCCGCGAGCGCACGGCCCGCGCCAGCCGGCGACGCCCCGCACACGGUGCGGGCGGCGUGGGGCGAAGCGUCCGCGGCGUCUUCGCGCCGCGAAUCACACGGGGGGGGUGUGUUGGCGGCCGCGGGGCCGCACCUGCAGGAGCGCGUCAAGGCAGCGCAGAGGGCGCCGCCGCCGCCGAGGCCCGGGCGCGCGGGCAGGCCGGCCACGGGCGAGGUGCGGGAGAUUCGGUCGCACCAGUUUGUGUACCCGUCGCCAGGCGCAGCGCCGGCGUACAAGGAGGGCCGCGCAAGCGUGCAGCGCACGCGCAUGCUCAAGGUACAGCACGCGGGCGGCGUGCGCCCUGGCAGGGCGUCGGACCUCAUAUAG